AUACACGCGAAUUCCGUAUCUUGCAAAAAAUAGCGUGGAACUGAGACGGAAUCUUCAGAAAAAUGCCCAUCCAUUAAAAAAUCUUCUCUGCCUGAGAAUGAGAUUUUAAGAGCAGGGCUUUCGAUCUGCAACAAUCUUCCCCACUCUUUCCCCAAAGAAAAAGAGUCGAAUUGAUUCGUUUAUGGAAGAAGAAGAAGAAUCGGAAUCGGAAAGGGAAAAGGACAAAGCUCCAAGCCUUGCAUUUGUUUCCUGGACACCUUAAUUCAAGAGAAAUAUAAAAGAAAAUAAGAAAAAAGUUUUCUUGGAGAGAAAGUUUCAAUGGGCAAAGGCCCCUUCUCGUUCCGGCGCUCCUCCACUAGACGACGGCAUCCAAAAUCCACGACGGUUCCACAACCGCCUAUGCCACCUCACAUUGGAGCCGCUUCUUCAUCUUCACCUCCGCAUCCCGGCACCGGCAAUUUGAUUGGCGGUGGUGCUGGUGGUGGGGUGGGGCCGGCUGGGAAGGGGAAGAAGAAGGCUGCGGGAGCAAGGCUGUGGAUGAGAUUCGACACGAUGGGGGUGUCGGAGUUGGUGGAAUACGAUAAAAGUACAAUAAUUGACAGAGCUUCGAUUCCUGCUAGGGAUUUGAGGAUUCUUGGCCCUGUCUUCUCUCACUCCUCCACUAUUCUUGCCAGGGAGAAAGCAAUGGUUGUCAAUUUAGAGUUUAUAAAGGCUAUAGUUACAGCUGAAGAAGUUCUUAUACUGGAUCCUCUCCAACAUGAGGUUCUUCAAUUUGUGGAUCAACUAAGACAACAACUUCCUCAUAAAAGUGCAUUUAAGAUGCAAGGAGCAGGCGCAAUGGAUGUAAAUGAUAGUGAAAUGCAUGUUUCAACUGGUGGACAGUGGUUACCUGUUCCAGAAGCCAUGGAGGGUUUGCAGUGUGAGCUUCCAUUUGAGUUUCAGGUUCUGGAGAUAGCAUUAGAGGUUGUCUGCUCAUUUUUGGACAAAAGUGUGGCAGAACUUGAGAGGGAUGCUUACCCUGUGUUGGAUGAACUGGCCAGAAAUGUCAGCACCAAGAAUCUUGAACAUGUGCGGAGUUUGAAAAGCAAUCUCACUCGACUUCUUGCACGUGUACAAAAGGUGAGGGAUGAAAUUGAACAUCUACUGGAUGACAAUGAAGAUAUGGGACAUUUAUAUUUAACAAGAAAGUGGAUCCAAAAUCAGCAAUCUGAGGCUUUGUUGGGAACUGCAGUUUCAAAUAGCAUCAGUACUAUUUCGCCACGUCUACCUCGACUUGGUUCAAACAGGAGUGCAAGUUUGGUGAGCAGUCACAAUUUGGAUGACAAUGAUGUUGAGGAUUUGGAGAUGUUGCUUGAGGCUUAUUUCAUGCAGCUGGAUGGAACACGUAACAAGAUAUUAUCUGUUCGAGAAUAUAUUGAUGAUACAGAAGACUACGUCAAUAUCCAACUUGAUAACCAGCGAAAUGAACUCAUUCAACUUCAAUUGACAUUGACCAUUGCUUCAUUUGCUAUAGCCGUUGAAACUUUGAUAGCAGGGUGGUUUGGUAUGAACAUCCCUUGUACAUUGUACAAUAAAAACGGGAUAUUUGAAAUCUUUGUUGGAGGUAUUACAGCAGGAUGUGUGUUGAUUUUCCUGCUCAUCCUAGGAUAUGCCAGAUGGAAGAAGCUGCUUGGUUCUUAAAGUCAACGUCACCAUCACCUACAUAGCUGUGCUUUUUACUACUUCAGAUCUAUAAAAUACACUUAGCUUAUUCAUGGACCCCAGCAAUGAGCUGCCAUUGAAGAAUAUACAGAAUACAAGGACCAGUAUCCAAUUUCUCCGAUACAUGUUUUAAGGCUUCAAUGUGUAAGUACAUUGCUUGAGAUUUGGAAAGUGAAGCAUGUUUUUUUAUGUUUCCAUUCCCUCAUGUUAGACCUGUGUAAGAUAUUAAUGUGCAUCUUGAUAUCUAGUCUACAUUUAUUCUGCCUUUUUUCCCUGAAUGAGAACCAAGCUUUCCUGCAAGAACGAAACGGUUGCCAACUAAUUUUGUAGGGCAAGGAGGUCGUUUGAUAUUUUCUGUACCGAAAAUGCUAGCAUUCCUGUCUCAGCCAUAUGAUUAUUGCUCCCAACAUUCAUGCAUUUUCUGAUAUUCUUGCUCACUGUUCACCCCUUGUUUACAAACUAUUUCAACAUAAUUGCCAUAAUUUAUGUAAAUGACAGGGUUUUGUACCAAAGCUGAUCCUUUUGGUACUUCAUUCAGGCUAUGUUAGAUGCAUCAAAUGGUCUUUGAUUCGUGCAAUUAUUUUUAA